AUGGAGAUAAGGACAGUGAAAGUUAACAAUGUCUCCCUGGGUGCAACGGAGAAUGAUUUAAAGGAAUUCUUUUGCUUCUCCGGUGAAAUCGAAUACAUUGAAAUACAAGGGGACAACGAGAGGUCUCAGAUUGCAUAUGUUACCUUCAAGAACCCCAAAGGGGCAGAAACUUCAGUGCUUCUUUCGGGAGCAACUAUAGUUGAUCAGUCCGUUACCAUAGACCUGGCUCCAGAUUACAAGCUUCCAGCUGCUGCAGAUUCAGCACUUCCAACUGCAACAGAUAAUGUAAGUUCUGGUGGUGCUGCCCAAAACGCAGAGGAUGUUGUGAGCAGCAUGCUAGCCAAAGGCUUUGUUUUGGGAAAAGAUGCAAUCAACAAGGCAAAGGCCUUUGAUGAGAAACACCAGCUUACUUCAACUGCAACGGCCACAGUAACUUCUUUGGACCAAAAGAUUGGUUUCACUGAGAAAAUUAGUGCUGGCACAAGCAUGGUAAAUGAUAAGGUGAGGGAAAUGGAUGAAAAGUUUCAGGUUUCUGAGAAGACCAAGAAUGCGUUUUCAGCUGCAGAGCAGACGGUGAGCAGUGCUGGAUCUGCAAUCAUGAAAAACCGCUACAUACUAACUGGGACGUCGUGGGUAACCGGUGCGUAUAACAGGGCAGCCAAGGCAGCAGGUGAAGUAGGGCAGAAGACCAUGGAUAAGGUUUCAGCAGAGGAAGAGGGUGGAAAGAAAGUGGAAGGCAGUAGUACUACUCAGAUCACUCAAGUACAUUCUCCCAAGGAUGCUACCCACUAA